UUGAACAUUAUAAACAAUCAUGUCGGUGUUACAGACGCUUCUUGUCCGCUUACCUUCAUCAGCUUGCACCGGGAUGAGGCUCGCUGUCGGUCGGCUGCUGCUGUUGCGGUGUCUGAACGGAGCACCGGCGGCCUCAGUCAGGAGGUUUGAAGGGUUUCUCUCCACACAGCAGGGUCAACACAGCUCUCAUCACCUAUUACCUGCUGACAGAAAUGAAAACGACCUGAGAAGAAGUCACAGACAAUUUUCAACCAGUCCGACCUUCAGGAGUGAUGCUGUGGGGAAGAUCCAGCCUACACAUUAUCAGCUGGUUUACACAUGCAAGGUUUGCUCCACCAGGUCCAUGCAGAAGAUUUCCAAGCAUGCGUACUACAAAGGGGUCGUGAUAGUGAAAUGUGAGGGGUGUAAAAAUCACCACAUCAUCGCUGAUAACCUCGGCUGGUUCUCUGACCUGGAGGGGAAGAAAAACAUCGAGGAAAUCCUUGCUGCUAAAGGAGAGACGGUGAAGAGGGUUGAAGGAAGCACUGCUUUGGAAGUAGUAUUGGAUGAAUCCAUCAAAGAGUCACAGCGCCGUGAAGACACUGAAACAGCAGACAGUGACCCAAAAAAAAAAUAAUGAUGUGUUUACACUGUGUAUGUAUAUU